UCAGGUAGUGUAACCGAAGAUGGUCGUUUCUUGCUUGUGACUGUAAAUCGAGGCUGCGACCCAUACAAUAUGUUGUAUUACUAUGAUGUGCAAGAAGCAAAGCAAAAAAUUACUGGAAAAGUGCCGCUAAAGCCAGUGUUCGAUAAGCUGGAUGGAAGAUAUGCUUUUGUUGAUAAUGACGGCGACACUGCACUGAUUUUGACAGAUCAUGAAGCACCAAUGUACAAACUGAUUCGCGUGAAAAUGUCUACAGCGAAUGUAGGACCAUCUGCUUGGGAAACUGUAAUACCAGAGGAUGAAAAGAAUACAUUGGAACUGGUGAUGAAUGUUGGCGGUGAUCGACUGCUGGUUUCCUACAUCGAGGAUGUCAAGAAUACACUCUAUGUUUACUGCCCAAAAACUGGAAGACGACUGUAUCAAAUUCCCUUUGAAAUUGGAACGUUCGUUGGAAUUUUCGGACAGAAAAGCCUUACUGAAGUAUUCCUCCAUUUUGACUCAUUUCUCACACCUGGUAUCAUUUAUUACACUGAUUUCAAAGGCAAAAAACCAACAGAUCAAAUCGAGUUUGAGGUCGGUUUUCAUUGUGCAUAA